AUGAAAUCAUCUAUACAUAACUUUGAAUAUCACGGUUUGGAGUCUUGGGGCUACAUACAAUCUUGUGAUUUUGAAAAUAUGGAUUUAAAAGGACUCUCAUCAGAUGUUGAGGACCAACAUGAAGGCUUUGAAUGUAUCGCUCACAAUUCAAUGCUUGAAAGGAAAGCUAUCUUUUGUGUUGUGAGGAAGGAUGCCAAUUCGUUCAAAAAACAUCCCUCCUCUCGGACAAAGCCAAUGGAGCAGAACUACGACGACAUCAAACAUACACCGUUCGCUUAUUUUCAACCGGAAAAUUUUCAAACAGGGGAACAAGAAUACUUUUAUCAAAUCGAUGAAGAGAUUAGCGGAACAUUUAGGAGUUUCUCCUUGGUCACCUUGUCGAUGGGCGAAAAUAUUAAUACUUCAUAUCGACUUCACACACUAUUCAUAAGGUUGCUGAGAACUUCUCGACACCCUGUGACCGGUUUUGCACUUCUUGAUGCUCAUCAGUCCGAUCGAAGCUUCGAGGUGAUUGUAAAGGUUGGACCGGUAUUCCAACGUGAUGAGCGCAUUCUGAAAGUUAUUAUACGCAUAGCUGCGUUGGUAACAUCGCGUAGGCGUGGUCCCGCAGUAUCCGUCAACCUUAUAUCUUUCUUGGACACAGAUUGCACGAAAUUAGUGAGAUCCACUCAUUUGCAUAAACGAGAGAUUCAGCGGGGUUCCAGAUCCGAACCUGAAGAACCAGUCGGCCAUUUUGGUAUAAUCACUUUUUUGCUACGCGCUGUAGUAAGCAUGCAUAUUCAUAUGGAUAGUUGCAUUCGAAUCGGAUUGAUUGCUAAGUAG